UACCAUUUUGUUUUCUGAUACAAAUAUCAUUUUAUGGUAUUUGAAUAUGUUGACUGCAUCGUGUUUGUUGUAUUCAGUGUUAUUAUUAUCGAAAACAUGAAAGCGGCUUCAGUUUGCUGUCAAACAGUCAUAUGUUUUUGUAGACGGUGUGGCAAGUUGGUUUAUAUAUAGAAAAAAACAGUAUUAUAUGCAAGAUCUUUUUUCCUCGGUUCCAAUAAUGUCUUCCUCUUCUAAUCCAUCAUCUAAGAAGGCCUCUAAACAUUCUCCCAGGAAUCCAAAGAAAAGUGGAAAACCAUCUAGUGCAAGAAGUGCUGGUCAUAGAAGUGCAGACCAUUCUUCAAGAUCUUCUAAACAUGUUGAUAAUGCUAUCCCAUCUACAAGUGGAGAAGGCACAAGUAAAUCCCUUGGGAAGGAGAUAAGCAUCCGUGUAAUUGAUGAUUGCAAAAAUGUAGAAGAAACAUUUUCUUGUGCCUAUGACUUAUUAAUUAACAAAAUGCCAUACUUCAAAGAUUGCUUGGAUUCUGAACCUGAAGGAGAACUGACGAUAUCUGUUCACUGUGACAUUGUAGUAUUUAGGAAGAUUAUGGACUAUAUUAAUUCAGAUUCAACAUCUGGAACUAAAAAGUUUAAAUUUGAUCCAAAAUAUGCAAUACAUUUACUUGUAUCAGCAGACUUUUUACAAAUGUCAACUUUGGUUGAAGAGUGUUUAAAUUAUUGCCAUAGGCAUAUGAACAGUAUAAUUGAGAAUAAUUGUCCAAUUGGUGCACUAAAUGAUGAUCUCUUAACUAGGCUUGCUUUGUUAUUUAAUCAUCGAGAAGUUGAAUCUUUAAAAGAUCCUAGUGGCAGAAUUAAAGAAAAAUUAUAUAAAAUAUUACUUGAGCGACUGCUGAAGCCUGAUGCUAAACUUCCUAAUCAACGAAUUGUGGCUAAACUUAUGAAAUGUAGUUUAUGUGAUCAAGUAUUUGCUACAAAACUGCAAAUGUUCGUUCCAUGCAAAUCUAAAAAGGCAACUAUUGGUCCUAGAGGUGAACUCAUGUACACUCAUAAAAGAGAUAUGACUUGGAAUCUUGAUAGAUAUCUUGAAGACUUAUUCGUAUCUUUACAGUCAUGGAGAAAGAUAUAUUGGAGGAUUUGGGGUUUAGUUAACAGUUUGCACUGUAUAACUUGCGGCACUAAUUUUUCAUGUUCUGAUUUUACUAAAUGUCCUUAUCACAAAGACUUAAUAACAUUUCCUUCAUCUGAUCAGUCUGAAAAUGUUCAUAAACCUGGUGUCUUUCCAUGCUGCGGCACUAAAGCAUAUAAGUUUGAUCCUAUCGAUCCUUUGUUUCUGUUAUCUGGAUGUACUUAUAGAAAUCACACCGUGAAUGCCACUGAAAGGUCGUCAGAUGUAUUUCAAGACAUGUUGACUUACUUUGAUCUAAUUUGUCUGCCCAAUUCAUCUCAGCCCAUUCCUAAUGAAAAUAUUGGCCUUGAUAGAAUCACACCAUGCCAUAGUGAAAGAGCACUGAUUCAGUGGCUGAAAACCUUAAAGCCUGACAGUGCAGAACUGAAAAAAGUGGGCUCAAAACUCAGCGUUUCUUCUGAUGGCAGUGGGUCUGUUAACAGAUCUGCAGAAAGUCUAGCAGUGGGCAUUACUCGCAAAGAAGAAAAGCAACCCACAGUUUUCACUCCAUUGCUGUCUUCACUAGGGCAAGUUGAGGGAGCUCCAGAUCUGAAGCAAGUAUGGAAACCAGGAGGCUCAUUAUGGCAUAAUCAAGAUGCUGUCAGAGAGCAUGAUGCUCGGCAAAUGGAAUUAUUGAUGAUUGAACUACAGAAAAUUCAAUGCAAUUUCAGAACGCGACAUAGUUCUCCUGGAAAGCCAUAAAGUACUGAUACAUGUGGCUAUGGUUAAAAAAAUCUCUCUCAAUGAAAUGAAUGCAAAGAACAUGUUAUAUUCUAAUUUAAAUAUGUCUAUAUAUGAUUCUGAAUCUUCAUGUUUAUUGAAUUGCAAAUCUAUUACACUUAAUCUUUGUAUGGAAAAACUUGCUUUAAGUGAUGCCCAAUUUGUGCAUUUUGUAGUAUAGUAAAGUUAUUAUUAUGUUGUCAAAAACAUAUUAAUAUUAUGGCAGAAAAAUAUGUUUUCAAAAUUUUAAAUAACUAAAACCUGCAUGUUAACCACUUCACCAAUUAGCCCAAAAGGGACUCAAUGAUUUAAAAAUUGUUGUCAGACAUUAACAACCUUACACAUUUGUUGGGGUCACCCCCAACAGAUACCCUUUACUUUGUGUUUUCCAACCCCCAAAAUUCAGCAAAAAUGAAAAGAGGUGAUUGAUGGCUUGAUUGAUCAUGAUUUCCCCACUCGUACAAAGGUAAGUUUGUUUAAAAAGAAAGAAAUAGAAAUGCACUUCUGGCCUCCAUUUCAGCUGGUAUUGCAAUGAAACUACUUCUAAUUUAAAAACAUUUGUUAAAGGGAUGGUCUUUGUUAAUUUUCAGGUAAGAGACUAGUGAAAACAAAUGAAAUUUUUCUCCCAUAUAGGGAGACAAGUAUGUAGUUUUCUAAAUAGGGUUUUGAUAGUUGGUGAAGGGGAAAAGAUUUAUUUCUAAGGCUGGUUUCAAAUGCAAAAAAAUUUAUCUUUGGAGGAGGAAAGUAAAGCAAAUAUUUGAAUUUUGUAUGAUGGUGAAGUGAAAUAUUUUGUCGUGCUUUAAACCUUGUCUUUAAUUGUGUUAUUUUUCAGUUGUUAACUAUGAGCUUUUAAACUUAGUUCUAAUCAUUUGUCUUUCAAUAUAUUUUAUUUAUAAUUGAAUAAUUGUUUUUUAUUCUACUUCUGUCCUUUUUUUAUAAAAUGUGCGUGUUGUUUUUGUUAUGUAUUUUCUGAAAAAUUGUGUUUUUAUUUAUGAACUCCUUUAAACUACUUAAAAAGAAAACUACUUAAAAUAUUUAUUUUUAAGGAAGAGGGAUUUUGUUUUAUAUUAAUAUUGUUUUAACUUCAUAUGAGAAAUAUGUGAUAUGUUAUUAAAUUUAGCAUUAUAGUAUUUAUGUCAUUAAUCGUGUUUAUUUUAUGACAUCCCCAAAAUGGUUAUGUAUUUCUGUGAGAUGUGAAAGAUAUUUAUUUAUAAUGCAUUACUUUAUUUUGGCUAUUGUGAUAAUUAUUGUAGUACAAAUUUAAACUGACAUAUAAAAAUUAUUCAUAAGAGUACAGUUAUAAAGCAGUAUAUUGUUGCUUAUUUUCAAGACUUUUUAAGAGCUCUAUUAACUUUUUAAAAUAUAUCAGGUAUUAAGAUAAUCAGGCAUAUUAUCUGAAUACCUGACUUUGUACAUUUCUGAAUUAUAUGAUUUUUAAUUAUAAAUUUAAAAAAAAACUGUGGGAAAAUUUCUUUUAAUUUCUAUGUCAGAAAAUUGAAAUGUCUUUUGUAAUUGAAAUUAUUUCAUUUCUCAGCAAUCUUCAUCUAAAAUUAAAAUAAAUAGACAUCAUUAAAGUUGUUCAAAAUAUGCAGAGCAAUGUGUUAAAGGAAACAAGAACUAAAUAAAUUAUAGAUGUGCAAAGUCAAUUUUUUCUAAUUUUUAGAUUUUGAUUUUUGCUAAUUUUUUAUGUGCUGCAGAAAGGAAAAUUUUCUUUUUAAAAUGCAUCUAAUUCUUUUACAUUAAAACUCAUAUCAAUUUUUAUGUCACAUAACCUUUUUCUUUUAUUAUAUUUUACUUUGUAUGUUAACUAACUUGUGGUUUGGCUUACUUUGUUUUUAAUGUGGAAAAAAAAAAACUGUAUUAAAAUACUCUUUUUCUUUUAAUCAAAAUUCCAUCGCUUGAUUCAUGCUUUUUUUUUUUUUUUUUUUUUUUUUUUUUUUUUUUCCAUUUAAUCCAGAACUUCUAAAUUAAAGACUUUGAUUAAAAUAUUAUAAGCUAGGUAAUUAAUUACUCUUUGUUGAUGAAUCAUAUAACCAGUUUAUACUAAUUUAGCAAUUUGUCAUGAAAUGUCAGUUAUCUGUACAACAGGAAGUAUUUUAUAUGUAAGUAUGAUAUAAUGGUGAUUAGUUACAAAACAUGAAAAAUGCUUAGAUUUUUCAUUUCAAUCCUUAUUAAAAAAAUAAGAAAUAUUAAUGUGGGCAAUAUUUUCUCACAUAAAUCAAUUUAUUAGUUAAAAUGCCCAUUUCAUUCUUAUCAGUGCUAAGAGUUCUUAAAAUUGUUUCAAAAUAUUUCAAUAUUAAAACUAUUAUUUUUCAAUAUUUCUAUACUAAAAGGUGUUACAAACACAUAUGUUAAUACUAUAGUGGCUUUUGCUUUAAAAGUUGAAUGAAGUUUUCUUUUAAACCACCACUGUGAAUUUUUAUUACUAUAUUUUAUGAAGUUAUUUAUUUUUUUAGAUUUAAUUUAUUUUAUGUUAUUUCUACAAUAAUUUAUUUAUACUGCAUAUUGCAUUUCAAUCAUUUAUAACAAUCCAUUAAUUGUAACUACAAGUGCAAUUCAUUUAUUUUAUUUACAUUUGUUAUUUUUUUAUACACAAAUAUUAUGAAAUAAAGUUUUUAUUUCGUUA